AUGUCCACCUCAGUCUACCUGGUUACUCGCACCACAAACCAGAGUGAGGACCUGAUUCCGCUUGUUCGGGUUCGGUCUCAGCGGUUCCAAAAUCUGGAGGAGCGCCAGUUCUUUGCCAAUCAGAACAUCAACUGGAAUUGCGUGCUUAACCCUUGCUUCGUUGGAGAUGGGGGCAUGGCUAUGAUCACGGCUGAAGUAGCCCGUGACGUCGAGACAUCAAUUAUGAUACUCAGUAAACCAAAACGGACGAGCAUAGAGGCCGAGCAGGAUCUGCGCGAGGAGGUAGCAGCAGCUGUGCAGGAGCUCAUGCCAUGUGGCGACCUGACUUUAGAUUUCAACGCUGGCAACGGCUGGGCUGAUAGAAUAGCUAUUAUUCGUUAUGGUUUGGGGUUCCAGCGUUAUCACGUCAGAUUCCAGAUCCAUGAUGUCAACGCACACACCGCAUGA